AUGGCGGUGGCGGCCAGUAUGCUUCGGGACGUUCCUUGCUGGGAAAUCCCGCCGGAACGUGUCCUGCCUGCUGCUGUUGCUAAAAGCGUCCAAGUGCCAGGGAGCGUUUCUGUUUCCGUUUUGGCCGAGGUCUAUCCGCCCCGCGAACAGAUGAUUGGAAGCCCUGGUAGGCAUUGGUGUACGACCGUUGAUGCUGCCGAUCUCUUCCGACUCCUCUUCCGCCCAUCCCCUGUUCAUGUUUCAAUAAGGAUGCAACAAACGGCAUUGCCCAUGCAUGGCAAAUUGGGAACGACUUCUGCCAGGACGAGCGCAAAAGAUGGAAUGCCCCACCGCCGCACCGAAGCAACCAGUCGGUCCAGCGCCGGCCUUACAACACAGUACCUAGGUACUUACUGCCUUACACAUAUCGGAGGUUUCUCCUGGCUUCCCUUGAGAGACGGGCCCCUGGACUGA